GGGGCAGGAUAACUUUGUCUUCCCCUAACACCCAAAGAGUUCUUGUACAUCUAUUUUCAGUGCUCAUGUUAGAAGGCAGCAUUUUUUUUCACCUUCCAGCCUUAUCGCUACUCCUGUCUUAUCGUCAAACUUCAUCUCGAGUGGGUUCCAUCCCUCGCAUCGCUUGGUGGUUGUGGUCUAGUUCACAAUGCGUUAUCAACCGGUUGGCCCGUACGAAGUAUUCUCCUGGUCCAUAGCUGGCAAUGAAACUUGUGUGGGUGUUCGAUCUGAUGAGAUGCGUUUCGCUUUCGACAUUGGAUUCGCCCCGAAUCCUAUGAUUUCGUGUGAUCAUGUCUUUGUCAGCCACGGUCACGCAGACCACGUGGGUGCGAUUGCUCAACACAUGAAAAAGCGACAUUUGAAUCACCUUCCAAAAGCGUCCUACUACCUGCCGCCAUGGUUGGUUGAACAUGUGCGUGGAAUAUGCAAAGCCUAUGCAGCCAUGAGCGAACUUGAUCCAGAAGGAACGGAAUUCGACUGUCCCCUGGUUCCAAUCUCACCGGGUAACAGGAUUCAGCUUCCCGAGAACUGGAUCGUCGAAGCAAUCCAAACGCAUCAUUCGGUGAAAAGCCAGGGUUAUAUUCUCUCCAAGCGUGAUAGGGACGGUCAAGAGUAUCCGGAAAUCGCCUAUCUUGGUGAUUCUCGGUUCUCCGUGCUGACGGAAGCACGAACAAAUUGUCCGGGGCUUCUCUCUGUGCGUCUGCUAAUAAUGGAAGCCACCUUCCUGGACCGUCCGGAACGAAUGCUGGAACGUGCUGUUUCACACGGUCACACGCACCUUACCGAAUUGAAGCAGAAUCCUUCCCUCUUUCAGUCCAUAGAGAACAUCUAUCUGAUUCACUUUUCGGCGAGGUACAAUGCGGAUCAAAUUGCUAGCCUCACACGCACUGGAAUUCCCCGCUGGCUGGCCGACCGAAUUGUUCCAUCUCUUUGUGCACAGAGGUGUUUGACACUAACCUAACGGCUCGAAUAUCCGACGGAUCCAUGUGUUGCCAACUUUUCAUUGGUUUCUAACAUUUUUUUACAAAGUUCCUUUGCCUUGAGUGGAUUUAUAUGCAUAUAUUACGAAUCUAUGUUGGCUGUCACCAGAGAAAAAUAAAAGAACAUCACUGUACGUGUUCUCAGCAGUUCUACUUUUGUCUUCCAAUUUUA